ACUGCAGUAGUACACACUCUGGACCUUGACUCCACAUGCAGACACACUAACCUCUCGCAACACCACAACACGCCUCCAGUGGGAGCUUCCUGUGUUGUCGAAGAGAGGACUGUGAGGUUAACUCCUGAUGAAGAAAACUGUUUAAAUCUUCAUCUAAAGACCUGUAGACAUGAUGUCAAUGGAAAAUCUACCAUCAUGUUUAUUUGAGGUAAUCCUCUCACACCCAGCGUUGUCCUGUGCCUUACUUCUGGUCGCGCUUGCUUUGAUCCGCCGGUUCAUCAGAGAGUCUUACAGCGUGGACGGCCUCACACAGAAACAUGUGCUCAUCACAGGCUGCGACAGUGGCUUCGGGAACCUGCUGGCUAGACAGCUGGAUGGGAGAGGUGUCCAAGUCAUCGCUGCAUGCCUGACAGAGAAAGGCACGGCAGAUCUGGCAGCAGCAACCUCCCCCAGGCUGAAGACCCUCCUGCUGGAUGUUACAGACAGUGGGAGCAUCAGGAGGGCGGUGGAGUUUGUGAGCAGAGAGGUCGGAGAGCGAGGUCUGUGGGGUCUGGUGAACAACGCUGGCAGGUCCAUACCCAUCGGCCCCACAGAGUGGAUGCAGAUGGAGGAUUUCACAAAGGUGCUGGAUGUGAAUCUGAUCGGAGUCAUCGAUGUCACCCUUCAGUUUCUUCCUCUGGUGAAGAAGGCUCGGGGAAGGGUGGUGAAUGUGGCCAGCAUCUUUGGUAGACUGUCUCUCACAGGUGGAGGAUACUGUCUGUCCAAAUAUGGAGUGGAGGCUUUCUCUGACUCCCUCAGGAGAGAUAUGAGGCACUUUGGUGUCAAAGUGUGCAUGAUUGAGCCAGGCUUCUUCAAGACAGGACUAACACAGCUGGAUCCUAUUGAAGCUGACCUAAAGAGGAUGUGGAGCCGCCUCCCUCAGGACGUCAAAGACUCUUACGGGGCCACGUACUUUGACGACUAUAUAAAAGCCCAGGCUUUCUCCAUGGGCAUCCUCUGCAGUUCAGACCUGUAUAAGGUGACCAGGUGUAUGCAGCACGCACUAACUGCUCAAUUCCCACGUAUACGCUACAGCGCAGGCUGGGACGCCAAGUUUCUGUGGAUUCCUUUGUCCUACAUGCCAUCGUUUGUGUCUGACUUUUUUGUAAAUGCGCUCCUCCCUUUACCCAAGGAUGAAAGAAAAAUCAAAUAGGUAGUGUGAGAAUGAAAAAGAGCCAAACUGUGUUACAAAAUAGGAAAUUUAUUCAUUCAUCUUCAGCAGCAGCAUGUUGUGGAUGAUCACAGACACGGUUUUUAUUGUCCUCAUUAUGAUACAAAAUAAAUCAAUCUGUGAUAAAUUUAUAAAACAUCUGUCUACAUCUGCAUCCUCCGCUCAUGUUGUGCUAAUCAGUGACUUAAAAAUUCAUUUAAUGUGACAAAUAUGGGCACAUUCAAGUAUUGCUCCAAACCAUUUUGGCUGAUAUCCAAUAUCAUUAGUAAAAACGAUCAUGUUGAUUCAAAGUCUGGGGAAGAAAAGGUAGAAAUGAUAAGGUUUAGAUCCAAUUAUUUUUUUCCUAGUUUCCAGCUCUGAAAUGAGGUAUAUAAAUGUAAAAGAUGAAGUAAAUACAUCUUCAGUGUUGCUCAGUGGUAAUAAAAAUAUCACUAAAUAACCUUUGAUCGUAUAAGUACUGUACAUUCAGAAUGCAGUUCUUUUCACGUCUGUUAUUGUGUUUAUGUUGAACAGUUCAUAGGCUCUAUUUCAAAGAUAUUUUAUGACAAAAUCGUACUGUUCAAAUUUACAAAUAUACAUCUUAUUAACAGUUCUAUCAGCAGCUUCAGUGCAAAGAUAUACAUUUUGUACAUCAGAAUAAAGAAAACAUUAACACAAGAAUUGGCAUAAGAAAUAUCAGAAGGCGUAGUCACACGUGACUUUUUUCUUCAUUCUAUAGAAAAUGUGUUUCUCUCUCCUACAACACUCUGAGUUUGUACACAGGCUGCAUAAAAAAAUAAAUUCUGUGCAAAGCAUG